AUGGAGUCGCAAUGGAAACAAGCACUUGCAAUAGUGGCACUUCCUAAGAUCAGUUCAAAUAGUGAGCAUGAUCAAAGGCUACUUAACGAUCCUCCCAUUUUGCCAGAAAUUGAUGUCAGAUUAGAACAUAGUGUCCUUUCUGCAGACCCUGAGGUAAAGCAGCCAGUCUCAAGACUUGCAGCAGUUGUAAUAAAUCCUCCUCAGCCUAAAAAGAGCACAGGCGUGAUCGGAGGACUUAAGAAUCUUGGAAAAGAGUUAUACAGUGAAGCAAAAGGUGGGAUAAACUCUUUGAAGCAAAGAUUUCAAUAG